AUGGUUGUUGAAAAAUCUACGCUAGGAGGUUUUCCGAGCACGAUUUAUCAUCUUGAUUCUACACUCAUAUCGUCUGAUAAAGAUAAUGUCCACCUAUUUGUGUUCAUACCUGGAAAUCCAGGCCUGAUAGAGUACUAUGAGCCUUUUCUUAAUCAAAUACAUGAGAAGAACCCGGAAUGGGAGAUGCUAGGCAUCUCCCACGCAGGCAUGAAUUCCUGCGAUACCAUUGAAUGCCCAGUUUAUUCCUUACAAGAGCAAAUCACACACAAAAUCAAAGUCAUUAACAACUACACAUGGCAAUCAAGACCUCUCAUUAUCAUGGGGCACUCGGUGGGCGCCUUUAUGGUUCAGAAGAUAGCAAUGGCAGCUAAAUUAAUGGGGAAGGUGACUAGACUUGGCCUCCUCACUCCUACGGUUAUUGAUAUACAUAAAAGUGAAAAGGGAUUGAAACUAGUGCGAGCAAACUUAUUGAUACCGCGCUUUCACGAAGUAGUGUCCACGAUUUCGUGGAUUCUUUUUGAGAAGCUAUUUCCUACUUUUUUGACUUUACGUAUCAUCUCAGUCAUGGUUGGCGAUGUCAAUUCAUGUAUAGGCGCUGCGACUAAACUCUUGAUCACCAAUUCAAGAUUUGUUAAACAAGCAUUGGGAUUGGCAGCUGAAGAAAUGCAGGUAAUACGAUCAGAUUGGUCGUUCCAAGAUGAGUUUUUACGACAUUGCAAGCACCUAAACAUAAAGAUUUGGUGGCUUUUUAGUGCUAAUGAUCACUGGGUUAGUGCCGAUGCACGCCAAGACUUAAUUCAAUUUUAUGAAAGCCGCAGUACUCCUGACCUAGUCGAAAUUGAUGUGUCCCCAACGCUGGAGCACGCUUUUGUAAGGAAAGAUGCAGAGGUCGUCAUCCGAGAAUAUUUUGGCAAGUCUAAAAAGGCGAAUCCAAUGUCAGCUUGA